AUGGCUACUCUUACUGCGAGAAAAAAGCGCGUCUUUGAUUCAGUAUUCAAAAAACCCGAGAUUUCGGAGCCUACCCCAGUCACUACACCAACUGGCAGCUUCGCAACUCCGAGUCAACCUUUCGGAGGACCACAAGGCUUUGAUAAUGAGUCAAAAAGACCUUCUUCUUCUUCUUCUUCAGAUACGAGAAGUUCACAGCAACUUAGAGGACAUCUACGAGAUCAGUCUGUAGAUAAAAUUCAUGAUCAGAUUCAGUGGGAUAGAUCUUGGCAUACUGUUACUUAUCGACUCCAACUUCCAGAUGUACCAUCGGAUGCGAAUGCUAUUGAGACUCUCAGAUCUCCGUCGGUACUGCCUGAUCCGUCAUUUGACGAUGCUUUGAAGGAUAUUCUGGAUCCUGUCAAGCGCUUGCCUUUUGCCAUACAUACGGAAGACCUUCUGGUCUGGCAUACCCAACAAGUCCGUCGACAUCUUCUCCAUCAGAUUCUGCCCGUCUUGCGUCAGUGCACCGAUGGAGAAGGCAACGAAUCAUUGGUUUUUGGCAGUGUAAGAAUAUUGGACUUUGCUCAUCGUAUGUACUUGCAUGGAUUGUCAAUCAUUCUCAGACAAGUUGAGCUGUCGAAUCCUGGGCUCUCGCGGGUAAAAUUAGAGAAAUUUCGGCGAGAUCUCCAUGCCAUUGUUAGCAAUUGUCUCACAGAUCAAAUUGUUGUCGCAUUAAAGGCGGUUCUCGAGAAUUACGUCUCUUCUAUCCUUGGAUUACAAGGCGGAGAGGGAUCUGGUAUUACAAACAUCGAUGCGAGGACAGAUGAUGUCUGCAAUGAAUUGCUCAACCUAAUCGAGUCGUUACAUAAAGUCGGUUUAGCAGGAGAGAAUUUUCGGGUGAUUUUUGCCGAAAUCAUGAACCAGUCGAUGACCGACUAUGUCAAUCGAGGUUGUAAAGGACUAUGGACCUCCAACGAAAUACACGUGACUAUCGAAGAUGGCGAGAGAAGAAAUUCUGUACUUCCACGGACGGCACAUCACGUAUCGCCCUCCAGUUGCGUCACAGAUCUUUGCGGCUGGAUUGAAGACCGAUAUUCUAAACUCGCUGUCUUGGUCUUUAGAGUUAUAGACGACGUUGAAGUGGCUUGGAGCGACAUGGAAAAGUGGAAAGAAAUGAGCAUCGGUCGUCUUGCAGCACUCAGAACUGAUGAACUGUUUGAUAUCGUUGUUAAUUGGCCGAAUAGUAAUGGGGCACUGCACGACCUUCGAACGACUAUUACUACUCCCCAAAGACGUUUGCAUCUGACUGAGGCGUUUGCCGCUACUUUGAAAGAGAGAUUGCUUCACCCGGGAGCUUCCACAUUAUUGAUUUUACAGACUUACAUUUCCAUGAUAUGGUCGUUCCACUCACUCGAUCACUCGAAAGUACUUUUAGAUCGUGUAGCAUAUCCAUUACAACUAUACCUAUGCUCAAGAGAUGAUACAGUUCGGAUAAUCAUCACAGGUCUACUCUCAGACACCGAAAAUGCGCAAGGAAACCCUAUAGGACCUGGUGGGGAUAAACUCAUCGAACUGGCCCAAUUACUAGACGAUGGUUCCGAGCAGUCCGGACAGAAGAUUGACGAUGAAGAACUAGACUGGCAUGAUAUGGAGUGGGUACCUGAUCCGGUGGAUGCAGGACCAGGAUAUAAGAGGUCGAAAAAUGCGGAUAUCAUUGGAACAUUGAUUGGUGUUCUUGGAUCUCAAGAUGUUUUCAUCAAAGAGUUCCAAAACAUCCUUGGUGAGAAUCUUUUGAAGAACGACGGGGCUUUUGAAAAAGAAAUCAAAGUCCUCGAACUACUCAAAUCCCGCUUCGGAGAAGCCCCACUCCAAAGCUGCGAAGUAAUGCUAAAAGACAUUCUGGACUCUGUUCGCCUUGACCUGGCCAUACACAAAACCCAAGACCUCAGCACUGCGGAAAAGAAAGCCACGCCUCCCCCACCAACUCAGUCCACUCUCCACACCAAAAUUCUCUCCCGUCUGUUCUGGCCUCCUCUCCAAGAAUCCACAUUUACCCUCCCUCCCCAAAUCACCAAACUUCAAUCCCACUACUCCGACGCCUUCUCCUCACUAAAACCCGCCCGAAAACUCACCUGGCUCCCCGCGCUCGGCCAUACAACCGUCGAGCUCGAAUUGGCCGAUCGCACCGUCGUGGAAGAAUGUACGACGUGGCAAGCCACCAUCAUAUCAUGUUUCCACAGCGAAGCCAGCGGUAUCGACACGGAUGAACAACGCACCGUAAAAAAGAGCAUCGAAGAACUAACCACCGAACUACAAAUGGACUCCGCCCUCAUCCUCUCCGCCAUCAAAUUCUGGGUCUCCAAACUCAUUCUCCACGAAUCUCCCCCCGCAUCCCAAAUAUUCUCCGUCCUCGAAACCCUCAACGCAUCAGAUCGCGCGCGUUCCGACGCGCUAGCUUCGGCGCCGGCUAAUCAUGAUCAUAACGAUGAUGAUGAUGAUGAAGGCGAAGGAGGCAAGGGAGAAAAAGGCAUCGCGGGUGAAAAUGCAAAGGUGUAUUGGCAGUUUGUGCAGAGCAUGUUGACGAAUAGCUCGAGUCAGAUGGGGGCGCCGCAGAUUGCGAUGAUGUUGAAGAUGUUGAUUGCAGAGGGCUUUCCGUAUAGUAAUGAGGAGUUGCUGGAGUGGUUGGGGGGGAAGGUGGAGGAGGGCGGGUUGGAGUGUGUGGGGGGUCGGUAUCGGUUGAGGAAAUAG